AAUUUCUAGUAGUAGUAGUAUUAGUUGUAUGGGACGGGAGAAUAGUACCAAACGUCCGGUCAAUAUUAUACAAGAGGUUAUGGGCGGUUACGAUGCGGACAGGGAGGCACACGGCUGGAUGGCCGCCAUUAUGGACAGGCCAUCGCAUGGCCCGAUGCCAUGGUGUGGCGGUUCGCUAGUAUCGGCCCGGUAUGUACUGACGGCUGCCCAUUGUUUCGAUCAGUUAAGCUCAUCACUGGACAACAUAACUGUCCAGUUGGGUGCGCAUAAAUUUCGGACCCGUUUAUUAGAUUUCAAUCAGCAAUCGGGUAGUAGUGAGCACCGGGUUGAUAGUGUAAUCAAACAUCCGGCCUAUGAUACGGAUACUAAACUCAAUGAUAUAGCAUUGGUUAAGUUGAGAGAACCGGUAGCUAAACUUUCCGAUACAGUUAUAGCUAUAACUAUUGAUGAUAAUAGUAUGGGGACCUAUGAGGGACAGUCGGUUCGUGUAUUGGGUUGGGGUCUAACCCAGGAUCCAGUCUACCGGUCGGCCAAACAAAGCGAAAUACUACAGGAACUGGUGAUCCGUGUCUGGAAUAAUACUGACUGCGGCCGUGAAGUCCAAGCAUUUACCGAUGAGAUAGUCAUCGGGGAUAGUAUGCUAUGCGCCGGCGGUGAUAAACAGGGAGGUCGCGAUGCCUGUCAACACGAUUCGGGCGGUCCGCUGAUACAUAUGCGCGGAAAUCUGUGGCCAAUACUUAUCGGUAUUGUUACCGCUGGUAUUGGCUGCGGUAUGCCUCGUAUGCCCGGUAUUUAUACACGAGUCGGUUAUUAUGCCGAUUGGAUUAAUCAGACGAUGCAUCAGGGUGAUACAGGUGCCCAUAAUAAUAAUAAUAAUAAUAUAACGGUGCCCAUAACUACUGGCAAUUAG